AGCCACCCACCCAGCAUGAACCAGCAACAUGGAUCAGCAGAUGGAGCGGUGACCAUAGCGGAUGACUACUCAGAUCCUUUUGAUGCCAAGAAUGACCUCAAGAGCAAAACAGGAAAGGGGGAAAGCGCUGGCUACAUGGAGCCCUAUGAAGCCCAAAGGAUCAUGACAGAAUUCCAGAGGCAGGAGAGUGUCCGGUCCCAACACAAAGGUAUUCAGUUAUAUGACACCCCUUAUGAGCCCGAAGGCCAGAAUGUGGACUCAGAUUCGGAGAGCACUGUGAGCCUUCGACUGCGGGAGAGCAAGCUACCCCAGGAUGAUGACAGGCCUGCUGAUGAGUACGACCAGCCUUGGGAAUGGAACCGGGUCACCAUCCCCGCCCUGGAAGCCCAAUUCAAUGGCAACGAGAAGCGGCAGUCUUCCCCAUCACCUUCUCGGGACCGACGGCGCCAGCUCCGCGCUCCUGGAGGAGGCUUCAAGCCCAUCAAACACGGGAGCCCUGAGUUCUGUGGGAUCCUGGGAGAGAGAGUGGAUCCCACCAUCCCACUGGAGAAACAAAUAUGGUAUCAUGGAGCCAUCAGCAGAAGUGAUGCUGAGAACCUGCUGCGACUCUGUAAGGAGUGUAGCUACCUUGUCCGGAACAGCCAGACCAGCAAGCAUGACUACUCCCUCUCCUUGAAGAGCAACCAGGGCUUUAUGCACAUGAAACUGGCCAAGACCAAAGAGAAGUAUGUUCUGGGUCAGAACAGCCCCCCUUUUGACAGUGUCCCGGAAGUCAUCCACUACUACACCACCAGGAAGCUACCCAUCAAAGGGGCGGAACACUUGUCCCUCCUCUACCCAGUGGCUGUGCUGGCUCUGUGGAUGGCCCAGCCUCACCCUGCUCUGUGACCAAGCCUGAUACUUGGAGGAGCUAGCAGGGCACCGGCCAGCUCUCUGUGUUGCCACCGGUGUCCACCAGUGUGUGUCAUGUAUGUGUAUGGUACUAGCACACCACUGCAUUUCCUAGAAUGCUCUUGUCACUUACAGGGUU